CGCUCGCCUUGGACGGAUGUCGUGCGGGUUUUAUACUUAAAAUUCAACGAGUGAAACACUCUCGCUCUCUCUCUCUUUCUCUCUCACUCUCACUCUCUCUUGAGUAUUGGCACAAGUGUUAACAUUGUUGCUGUUAUCGCUGUUAUCAAUAAAUACAAUAAAACAACAAGCCCGCCAUGACGGAAGGCAAGAACGUGCCCAAUUCGAGUGCCGAUGUGCCGUUCCGGAGCAAGGAGCUGCGCAAGCAAUCCCUGAUCCAGCACACGGGUUUGGUGGGCGUCAUCGAUGAGGGCACCAAGACGAUUGGCUUCUCGAUAUACACGACGCCCGAUUUCAAGGAAAUCGCAGCACAUCGCGUCGAACUGAGCGUGAUAACGCCACAGGAUGGCUGGUACGAGCAGGAUCCGAUGGAGAUGAUGGCAUCGAUCAACAAGUGCGCCGAGGAGGCAAUCAAACAGCUGCCGGAGCUGGGCUUCAGUGCCAGCGACAUUGCCACCGUGGGCAUAACAAAUCAGCGGGAGACGACAAUCGUCUGGGAUGCCGUGACGGGGAAACCCCUCUACAAUGCCAUCGUUUGGAAGGAUAUACGCACCAGCAGCACCGUGGAGCAGAUUGUCGCCAAGGUGCAGGACGUGAAUCACUUCAAGCGGAGCACGGGUCUGCCCAUAUCCACAUACUUCUCGGCUUUGAAGAUUCGCUGGCUGAAGGACAACGUGCCCGAGGUGCGGCAGGCGUGUCGCGAGAAGCGCUGCAAGGCCGGCACCGUCGACAGCUGGAUCGUCUGGAAUCUGACCAAUGGUGCCCUGCACAUCACGGACGUGACAAAUGCGUCGCGCACUCUGCUGAUGAAUCUGGAGACGCUGCACUGGGAUCCGGUGCUGUUGAAAACCUUUGCCAUCCGCGAGGAGAUGCUGCCCAGCAUACGCAGCUGCUCGGAGAUCUUUGGCAAGAUCACCUCCGACCGGAGCGCAUUGCGCGGAUUAACGCUGAGUGGGAUUCUGGGUAACCAGCAGGCCUCGCUGCUGGGACAGAUGUGCGUGAAGCCGGGCCAGACAAAGAACACAUAUCGUUCUGGCUGCUUUCUGCUGUGCAAUACGGGCGACAAGCCCGUCUUUUCGCGUCACGGACUGCUCACCACGAUUGCCUACAAGCUGGGACCCCAAGCGCCCACGAUCUACGCCCUGGAGGGUUCCGUCUCGGUCGCCGGACAUGCGCUCUCCUGGCUGCAGCAGAAGGUGCGCUUGCUGCCGGACUCGCGGGACGCCGAGAAAUACGCCGAGGCGGUGCCCACCUCGGGCGAUGUCUACUUCGUGCCGGCCUUCACAGGACUCUAUGCGCCGUACUGGCGGCAGAAUGCCCGCGGCAUCAUUAUCGGCCUGACGCAGUUUACGCGCAAAAAUCACAUUGUUCGCGCCGCUCUCGAGAGCAUCUGCUUCCAGACGCGCGACAUACUGGAGUGCAUGCAUCAGGAGUGCGGCUAUGAGAUCAAUAAGCUGCACGCGGACGGCAAACUGAUCACAAAUAAUCUGCUAAUGCAGCUGCAGGCGGACACCGCCGGCCUGCCCCUCUUCCGCUCCCAGCUGAUGGACUCGACGGCCUUCGGUGCGGCCAUGUGCGCCGCCCAAGCCGACGGCGUCAAUCUCUGCAAAUUUGAGCCGGAGAAGCGUUACUACGAGAACGUGCACUACGAUACAUUUUUGCCCACAACAACCGAGCACGAACGAGCGGAACGCUACGGCAAAUGGAAACGGGCCGUCGAACGGAGUUUGGGCUGGGUCAUUAAACAGAAUAAGACACGGACGCACACGGAGGAGAACUAUCGGAUGCUCUCCUCGCUGCCGGCGAGCAUCUUUCUCAUCAGCAGCUUUGCCAUGCUGGUGCAUUCCUUAUCGGCGACAGUCAAGUCAUAAAUAUUUAUAUAUAAUUAUAUGUGUAUAUAUAUGCAUCCGCCUGUUGCAUCGGUUUUUCGGUUGUGAUAAUUUUUUAUUAUUAUUUAAUGGCAGAACUGACGAUCCAUGUGUACAUAUAGCUAGCUGUUCUUUCAAUUGGUUGCAUUCGCUUUAAAGUGUGUAAAUAGUUCCCUUCCCUUCCCCCUCUCUCUCCCUCUCUCUGCCUACUUGUUUUUGUGCUCGCAACUUAAUCUUCUAGCUUAAUACGAAUAUGUGUAUAAUUCAUGUACUUAUCUAAUCAUGUGUUCUGCUCAGCUCUGAUAAAUCGAAAACAAUAUUUAUAUAUAUUACUUAUGUAUAUAGCCAGAGAGCGCAAAUGACUUUUGUAUAUUAGUUAAGCACCCAAAUAAACGAUUAUAUGAAAACAGAAAA